AUGCGUCUGCGAGGUGCUCUCAAGCUGUGGUGUUGGGAGGGUGUCGACGAUCGGGAUUGGGGUUCGGGUCUCGUUCUCGUUCCGUUCUCUUCUCCCAGCCUCGCACCCACUUCCCACUUUCCACGGACGGUCACCGGUGCGACCCUCUCCUCGUCCUCCUACUCCAAUUCUCUCCCCCUCAUCCUCGCCCUCGCCCUCGUCCUCGUCCUUUCUUCCCAUCUUCCUCCUUUCCCAACGACGCCAAACACCCCCAACACCAACACUUGUCCUUCUCCGCCCUCCGCGUUGGAGCUUGGAGGAAGGUGGACCUUGUAG